ACGCUCAAGAGUGAUAAGCAGGAUGUGCUUAUGGUGCGUGGGGGCAAGUUCAAGAAAUCUGGAAAGAAGAGGAAUGCUAAGAAAGGUGGCAACAAGGCCAGCCCAACUAAGCAAACUGGCGCCAAAUCUGUAAAGAGGAAGGUCAGUCAACCCACUUCUGAAUCCGAAUGCUUCUACUGCAAGAAGAAGGGGCAUUGGAAGAGAGAUUGCUUGAAGCUAAAGGAAGAUCAGAAGAACGGAACAGUCGUUCCAUCUUCAGGGACUAAGAAGAAGUAGAAAGUUAAGCAAGGGUGAAGUCGACCUACGAGUGGGAAAUGGAGCACGGAUUGCUGCAUUAGCUGUAAGAACUUACUAUUUGUCGUUGCCCUCCGGGCUAGUUUUGGAACUGGAAGAAUGUUUCCAUGUUCCAAGUCUUACUAAAAACAUCAUUUCAGUUUCUUGCUUAGAUG